UCUUUCACCCGGAGGAAGACUGGCAAACUCAUUGGGAUUGUGACAAGACAGCCACACAUUAGCUCCAGGGACCACCCAUUGUAAGAGCAUCAAACACACACACACACAAAAACACUUAAAAAGAGAGAGACAGAAGGGGAGGAAAUACCAAGAAAGACAUAAAGAUUCAAGACUCAAGCCAGAACCAGUAUUCCUGGACUGAUUAAAGAACUAAAAUAACAGCAGGAGGUUUUCAGUUUUAUUUCAUUUUUUAUUUUCCUUCAUUUUUUCCUGUGGCUAAGAAGAAAAAAGAGGAAUUUGCUAUUUCACUUCUUCCUUUUUAUGAAACAUUGUAUUUUCCGUUGCAUUUUGUCAUUAUUCUUCUCACGCCCCACCUACACAGACGAUAAAGACACAAAAAGAAGCCAACUAAGGAUCACAGUAUGAACAACACCCUAUCCAACACCACCUCCUUCAAGUGUGUUCGGGAUACCAGCAUAACAGCUGUGGUUUUCCCCUGCCUAUACAGUGUCCUCUUCAUAGUUGCUCUGAUACUGAACUCCCUCGCUGCAUGGAUCUUCUUCAGUAUCCGAAGCACUUCAACAUUUCUGGUCUUCCUAAAAAAUGUGGUGGUGGCUGACUUGCUCAUGACUCUGACCAUCCCUCUGAAAAUCUUAACGGAUGCAGGUGUGGGUUCCUGGCAGCUACGCGCCUUCCACUGCAGAUACUCUGCGGUGCUCUUCUACAUCACCAUGUACAUCAGCAUCCUCUUGCUGGGUCUCAUUAGCUUGGACCGUUACCUGAAGAUUGUCAGGCCCUUUGGGAAGUGUGCCCUUCAGCGGGUCCAUGUUGGUCAGAUACUAAGUGCAGCUGUUUGGGUGGUAAUGCUAUCAUUAGCGUUACCCAACGUUAUUCUAAGUGACAAGCCGCCACGGCCGUCUGGAAACAGACUGAAGUGCACGUCCAUGAAGAGCCCGGCUGGCUUGCUGUGGCAUGAAGGUUUCAACUACUUCUGUCAGGUUAUUUUUUGGGGGACGCUUGCUUUGAUGGUAGUCUGCUACACAUUCAUCAGCAAGAAGGUUUAUGAGUCAUACAAAGCCUCAAAGAGUAGAUCUCGGGGUGCCAGUCGCAAAACCAAAGCGAAAGUCUUCGUUGUAGUGGGUGUGUUUUUCAUCUGCUUUGCACCAUUUCACUUCGUCCGGGUUCCCUAUACCCUCACCCAAACACGGAGCGCAACAAGUGACUGCAAGGCUCAGAAUGCCGUCUACUUUGCCAAGGAAACCACCCUGUGGCUUUCAGCAACAAAUGUAUGCCUAGACCCGCUUAUCUACGUGUUUCUAUGCAAGGCGUUCAGGAGAAGACUGACUGCUGCACUCUGUAUUAAGUCUCUCCAAAAAGGUUUUGACUCAGCCACAUCAACGCAACUUGAGAUCUCACAGAUAGCCUACAGUAAAAGGCUGUCACACAACGGCACGUCAGAAGCCAGUGAACAGUGCACACUGGGACACAAUUAAUAGCACCCUGGGAGAAUGUUUAUUUUGUAUAUAGUAAUUCCUCCUAAUAAGACGGUUGUAAAAAAAAAAAAAAACCAUGUAAAAACGAAUGCAAGUUUAUAAGAAACUGAUGAGUAGACAAUGUGUCAAAGAAGGAAAGCCAAAAAGUCUCUGUGAGCUACAACUACUGCUUUUCAUACAGUACUAACCAAGUUUCUUUGUUUUUUUGCUAAGUCAUCCAUCACAUUUCCUUGCUUGCACUUGCUGUCAUUUAAACUUCCUCCUUUCUAAUCUCACAUAAACUGCACUUUCCCUUUGCAAAGACUUUGACGUGGUGAAGAUCUUGACAGCACAAAUUUUCCCACGAUUAGUGACAAGGGGCUGAAUAAUCAUUGAAAAGAAGAAUAAUAGACUUUAACAAACUCUGCUUCCAGUAAUUAAAAUGUUACUAUCAGUUUAAUAAAAAUUAUAUUUUUCAUGCUGCA